AUGAUUCUUUUAUUUCUACUUAUCUUCAUUCAUAUUUCCAGGUACUUUUCUGAAGGAUCCCCACUUCCUGUUACCCGAUCAUCUGCUCUGCAAAGAGUUGUAAGAGCAGCUCGAGAAAUAAAAAUACCAAGAAACAUCCAACGCAUUAUCGAUAGGAACUAUUUUCUAGUGUUCUUUAUUUAUGGUAUUCUUGUUCUCAUGUUUGCAUUCGGCUUUUUGAUUUGGAGAAGAUGCGGAACAAGAUCACCAAGAACCCAAAGAAGAACCAGAGCCCGUCAUAACAAUUACAUCAAAUUAAGACCUACUCGGAAGAGAGAAUUGGUUUCAUUGCUGAAUGCCGAUGAGCUGGGUUACGAUGAAAACUAUGAGGUGGACCCACGGCAUCUGGAAAUGGGAAGGAAGCUUGGAGAAGGACAGUAUGGAUUUGUGAACCAGGCAAGACUGAAGAACCGAAUCGAUGUUGCUGUGAAAAGAGCUCGUUUGUCAUAUGAUCCGGAACAGCAAAAAAUGAUAAUUGAUGAAAUCAAAAUUAUGUGCGCCAUCAAAUGUCAUCCGAAUGUUUUAGCUCUGGUUGGAGCAGUGACUUCUAAGAAUUCAAACGGAGCUUUGAUUAUCACUGAAUACGCUGAAAAUGGUUCUCUGUUGGAUUAUCUGAGAAAGAUCAAAAGCCAAUCAAUUUUUUCGGAUCUUCUGGUUUAUCAAGGAGUGCCACCACAAAAAACCGGAACAUAUAGAAAAGGGGCAGGGUUGAGCACAAAUUUGAAUUUCAUCUCCACUGCUGAUCUGAUAUCAUUUGUAUAUCAGAUAGCAAACGGUAUGGUGUACUUGGCAAGUAUACCGUGUGUUCAUCGAGAUUUGGCACUUCGAAAUGUGUUCCUCAUGGGUGAUGGAACAAUUCGAAUUGGAGAUUUCGGAUUGACCAGAAGACAUGAAAAUUCUGAUUACUAUAGUUUAAAAAUUUCUUUUAGAAUCAAUAACGGUGAUAUUAAACUACCAGUCCUCUGGAUGGCUCCAGAAUGCUUCCACACUCACAAAUUCACUGAAAAGACGGAUAUCUGGUCAUUCGGAGUUUCCCUUUUUGAAAUAUUUACAUUGGGUGAUAAACCAUAUGCAGGGGUCAGUGAUGUUUCAGUAUUCCUCAAGAAUAAUAGACUGGAAGAGCCCCAAUAUUGCAAUAAGAAAAUCUACGAUUUCAUGAAUCUCUGCUGGGUAGCCGAUCCGCUGUUCAGACCAAAUUUCAAAAUGUGCGCUGAUUUUUUCAAGGAGCACUUGAAGAUUCUUUGCGAUCAAGACUAUACUCGAUUAGAUGACAAAUUGAAUUUGAUUUUUGAAAAAAGAUGGGAAACAGAAUGUUGGAUUCGUCGGGAGAGUGAAUGA